ACCAUCUAUCCGACUUUAGCUCACUUCUCCCUUGCAGUGUCCACUUUUACGGUAGUUUCAGAACCCUAAAUUCCCUCCCAACACUUAAAUUCUUGAAAUUAAUCAAAUUGUGCUUUCUCAGCAACUCCAAACAUCCCAUUAUAUACAGGUACUUUAAUAUUAUCUUUCUGCAAUUUGCAUCUUUUUAUGGGACUUCUUGAAAUAUUGAUAAAUCAAGCUCUAACAUUUUUAAACCAUCAAGAUUUUGAAAUGGGUUGUCAAGAUUUCAUCUUUUAAGAUUAAUUUUGGAAUGAGUCGAGCUGUACUUCCCAAACAUGUAGCUGCUGUUGUAAAAUACCAAAAGGAUCCCAAAAGGGCACUUGAAAUGUUCAAUAUUGUGAAAAAUGAAGAUGGUUUUAAGCAUAAUUUGUUGACUUAUAAGAGCAUGAUUGAUAAGCUUGGAUAUCAUGGUGAAUUUGAGGCUAUGGAAGCAUUGUUAGAGGAGAUGAGGAUGAAUAUCGAUAAUGGUUUGUUUGAAGGAGUGUAUAUUAGUGCUAUGAAGCAUUAUGGGAAGAAAGGGAAGCUUCAAGAAGCGGUUGAUGUGUUUGAAAGAAUGGAUUUUUACAGUUGUGAGCCGUCUGUUCAGUCGUAUAAUACGAUUAUGAAUAUUCUUGUUGAACAUGGGUGUUAUAAUCAGGCUCAUAAAGUGUAUAUGAGGAUGAAAGAUAAAAGGGUUGUUCCGGAUGUGUAUAGUUUUACUAUUAGGAUAAAGUCGUUUUGUAGGACAAGCAGGCCUCAUGCUGCUUUGAGGUUGCUUAACAAUAUACCUACUCAAGGGUGUGAGGUGAAUGCAGUUGCGUAUUGUACAGUAGUCGGAGGAUUGUUUCAGGAGCAUUUUGAGUUAGAGGCAUUUGAUUUGUUUGAUGAAAUGCUUAGGCUAGGUAUUGUUCCUGAUAUUUUUACAUUUAAUAAGCUUCUGCACACACUUUGUAAGAAAGGGAAUGUCCGGGGAAGUGAAAGACUUCUUGAUAAGGUUUUUAAGAGAGGGGUGUCCCCAAAUUUGUUUACAUUUAAUAUAUUUGUUCAAGGCUUUAGCAGAAGAGGGCUCAUUCACGAGGCUUCUAGGAUCAUGGAUGGUGUGACCAAGGCAGGUUUAUGUCCUGACCUUGUAACAUACAAUACACUAAUAUGUGGUUUGUGCAAGAAUGGUAAAGUUGUUGAAGCAGAGUGCUAUUUGCAUCAAAUGGUGAAUAUGGGGUAUGAGCCUGAUGCUUUCACAUACAAUACAAUUAUCAGUGCUUAUUGCAAACUGAGCAGAGCAACAGAUGCAGAUAAAAUUCUGAAUGAUGCAAUGUACAAGGGCUUUAAGCCUGAUGAAUUCACGUACUGCUCUCUCAUUAAUGGAUAUUGCCAGGAGGGUGACAUAGAAAGGUCUGUAAACGUGUUUAAACAAGCUUUAGUGAAAGGCCUUCAGCCUACUAUUAUUAUUUACAACACACUAAUCAAAGGGUUGUCUCAACAAGGACUAAUCUUGCAAGCCUUGGAGCUGAUGACUGAGAUGCCAGAGAAGGGGUGUGACCCUAAUGUAUGGACUUAUAACCUAGUUAUAAAUGGGUUGUGCAAGAUGGGCUGUGUAUCUGAUGCUAGUAACCUCGUGAAUGAUGCUAUGGCCAAAGGGGUUCUUCCUGAUAUUUUCACCUUCAAUACUUUGAUAGAUGGUUACUGCAAACAGUUAAAGAUGAGCAAUGCAAUUGAGCUUGUUAACAGCAUGUGGGAGCAUGGUAUUGUGCCUGAUGUGAUUACAUAUAACACAGUGCUGAAUGGUCUCUGCAAGACUGGUAAAUCUGCUGAUGUGAUAGAAAUGUUUAACGCAAUGAUGGAGAAGGGAUUUGUUCCCAAUAUUAUCACAUACAACACGCUUAUUGAAAGCCUGUGUAAAGCUAGAAAUUUGGGAGGAGCUCUGGACUUGCUAAAGGACAUGGAAAGCAAUGGCCUGACGCCAGAUAUAAUAAGUUUUGGAACAUUGAUUAGUGGAUAUUCUGAGAAUGGGGAUUUAGAAGGGGCCUAUAAGCUUUUUCAAAGAAUAGAAAAACAAUAUAAGUUUUGUCAUACAGCAGCAACAUUUAAUAUCAUGAUAAAUGCAUUUUCUGAGAAGCUCAAAUUAGAUAUGGUGGAGAAGCUAUAUCAUGAGAUGAUUUCUAAGGGAUAUUCCCCUGACAAGUACACAUAUCGUUGUCUGAUUGAUGGAUUUUGCAAAGUAGGGAAUAUUGAUGUUGCGUACAGAUAUCUUCUCAAGAAUAUUGACGCCGGGUUCAUACCAUCGCUCACAACAUUUGGACGGGUAAUAAAUUGUCUGUGUGUAAAGAAUAGGGUACAUGAGGCAGUUGGUCUCAUCCGCACUAUGGUGAGCAUGGGCAUUGUCCCUGACGCUGUAAAUACAAUUUUUGAGGCAGAUAAAAGGGUAGUGGCAGCGCCUAAGAUUGUUGUGGAAGACCUAUUGAGGAAGAGUCAUAUAACUUAUUAUGCAUAUGAACUCCUACAUGAUGGCCUCAGAGAUAAAAAACAAAAAAUGGAAAAUGAUCCCAAUAAGGGUUCCAAAAAAAGGCGUACUACUUCAAAGAAAGCUUGAUUGCCAAAAUAGAGCAGUUAGACAUUCUACCGUUUGUCAUGGGGGAAUCCUAAUAGAUCUUGAUGCAGUCGGGCCAGGUAUAAGUCAAACUGCAGAUUCAUUUAUCCGAAGGACUGUUCAUGGCAUCAUAACGAUAGCCUACUAGGGGUUUUUUUGCCUUGCAGCGCCUGAAAUUGAUCAUAACAAAUUGCACUGUUAUCAUUUAUUGGGUAUCUUGUAUUGUUAUCUACUUGCAGUAAGAUGCCUUAUUACUUUCAAACCUAAAUACUGACUGUUGAUAGCUUCUUAUUGCGAAUUUGCAGUAUCUGAUAUUCCAUAAGUAGUUCGGUUGGGAGUUUACACGGAUGUCAUAACGUUUAUUACUUCUGAUGCAGUGGAAAGUGAAUUGAUACUCCACUUUACUGCUGCAUUUUUUAUGCAAGGCACCAAUUUUUCACCUGCUAGAUUGCUGUUAUACUUUUCCAAAAUAUUGGGUGCCAAGUGCAAUCUGCAAGGAAGCCGAAGCUGCUACCAAACUAAAGCAAUUUCAAUGAUAUCACUAUCACCGUCAUAAGUUUAGAAGUUGGCAUUUAAUUUCAGUGUGGGGGGUUAGUGGUGCUUAAGCUGUACUAGAGAUGGCCGCUGGAACAUGGAUGAUCUGUAUAUGCUUGUAACGAUUGCAACUACUGAAAUGCUGCCGAUCUUUGGGCUAUAUAUCAUUGCAGCACCAUCAUGUUUUUGUAGAUGUUGAAUGUUACAUGGGUGAAAUUUUCUUUAUGGUAAAUUCUUAUAUAAGAAAUAGGCUUCAGAUUCAGAGAAGCCUGUGUGUAUGUCCUUUGCUAAACUCUCUUUAAUAAAUUAUCCUACCAGUUUAUUUAUCAACA